AUGGUUGCAAAAAAACCAUCAGCAGCUGUUGAGCACGAAACUGCAUAUGCUUACCGAGGGGAUGAGUUGGUUGAGGAUCUCAGAAUUUUGACGCGAGUCUUUCGAGCUUUCUAUCCUUGUAUUAAAGCAUUUAGAAGCUGCAAGCCACUGGUACAGGUAGACGGCACACACUUGUAUGAAAAAUAUAAAGGGGCUCUCUUGGUUGCAGUAUCACAAGAUGGAAAUGGAAAUAUCGUGCCUCUUGCAUUUGCCAUAGUCGAGGGUGAGACCGCCGAUACUUGGCACUUUUUUCUUAGCCAUCUACGAACGCAUGUAGUUAAUCGAGAUGGUGUUGGUCUUAUCUCUGAUCGACACGAGUAUAAUAUCUCAGCUGUAGGUCAUAGUGAUGGAGCAUGGCAAUAUCCGAGGACUAUUCACAUGUUUUGCAUUAGGCACAUAGCUUCUAACGUCUUGAGAAGGUUUAAAGCGCCACAAAUGCAGAAGCUGAUUGUCAACAUAGGCUAUUUUAGAACAAUCCGUGAAUUCAACAUGCGUUAUGAGAGAUAUUGUGAGCGGGGUGUGGCUUACAAGCAGUGGCUCGACAAUAUUCCUCGGUCGCAAUAUGCCUUGGCAUAUGAUGGAGGAUAUCACUGGGGACACAUGACCACUAACCUAGUGGAGUGCAUUAACAGAGUUUUGAAAGGAGCACAUAAUCUUCUUGUGACAGCCUUUGUCAAGGCAACUUUUUACAGGCUUAAUGUCUUGUUCACAAGGAAGAGGGUCGACGCCGAGGCUCGUAUAAGCGCAGACGUUGUAGACUUUGUGGUGGUGAGGGUCACAGCCGAAGUAGAUGCUCGCAUCGUGGAGGAGCUAGUGCUAGUGGUUCGGCUCCGAAUGAGUAGUUGUCAUCUUGGCUGA